GAGCAAAGUUCACUGGACUGGAGAUGAUCACACACAGGAAGACGCGGACGGGCUGCGUGCAGUGCAAGAAACGUCGAAUAAAGAAUCCUCAGCCAGAUACGAGUGCUCGUACUGGAGAAAGUUUCACUCUGAAGGAGAUGGAACUACUGCAUCAUUUCGUCACCCACACAGCAAAGACGCUUUCCGACCAGACAGAGCAUCAAAAUAUCUGGCAGACUGCCGUCGUUCAAGUCGCCUUCAAACACAAGUUUCUAAUGCACGGCAUCCUCGCGGUUGCUGGUCUUCACGUGUCAGUCACGCGUCAAUCUGAAGAGGAUGACCUCUCCAUGAUGGCUGCUAACCACCAAGAUCUGGGCUUGCAAGGCUUCAGAUCCGCUUUGGAGAACUUCAAUUCAGAAAACUGCGAGGCACUUUUCGCUUCAUCGAUUCUGGUCGCGUGCUACAUCAUCGCCUCGUCAGGCACACGCUUCAACCCAAACCUGACCACAGCAAGCAUCUUCAACGAGGUGCUGCUUGGUGCUGUCGUGGACUGGAUUCGGUUGUUCAGAGGUACUGAUCACAUUGCCCGUCGUGGUAAGAUGUGGCUCGAGGAAGGUCCUCUUGCGCCUUUGCUUAUAGAGAGCUCAUUUUGUCAGAUCACUCAGCCUAUGGACGAAAAGGCUGUCAAAGAAGAUGCGUAUCUAGCCAAUCUUCAACAACUGUGGCAUCCUGGUACUCCCUCAACCAUUGAAGGCAUCAGUAGCGAAGAAGCAGCUAUCUAUGAUGAAGCUCUGCACUACUUGCGAGAAGCAUACGGCCGUAUGAGCAGAGCAACAGCCCCGCAAAACACCUGCACAUGGUGUUAUAAGAAGUCUGCAGAGACGGAAAAUGCCCAUCAAUGCAUUUCUCCUAUCGUUGCCGGUCUCUACUGGUUUGUGCAGAUCCCGGCCGAGUUUUUCGAAAUGUUGGAACGACACAAGACUGUUGCUCUUGUCCUACUGGUGCAUCAAGCAGUCUUAAUCAAGCGAAUUGGCAAUAUAUGGUGGAACCGAACGCCAGCAAUCAAAGUCGCAAGUUCGAUAUAUCAGACGGUACCUCCGGAGUACCAUGCCUGGCUUGAGUGGCCGAACCAAGAGAUUGAAUACGCUCCA